UUCGAAGGCUGAUAUCCUGCGCCGGUCAGCGUCGGCGGCGAGGCUAGGCGGUCCCCUGCGGCGGAGGCGAUGGCGGCCACGGGCAAGUUCAACCGGAGCAACCCGGCAGUGAAGCGGAUCCUGCAGGAGGUCAAGGAGAUGCAGUCCAAUCCCUCGCCGGACUUCAUGGCCCUCCCCCUCGAGGAGGACAUUUUCGAGUGGCAAUUUGCCAUCCUGGGCCCACGAGACAGCGAGUUUGAGGGAGGAAUCUACCACGGGAGGAUUCAGUUGCCCUCGGACUACCCGUUCAAGCCACCGUCCUUCAUGCUGCUCACGCCAAGUGGAAGAUUUGAGACUCAGAAGAAGAUAUGUUUGAGCAUAUCAAAUUACCACCCCGAGCAUUGGCAGCCAUCAUGGAGUGUUCGCACAGCACUAGUAGCGUUAAUUGCAUUCAUGCCUACAAAUCCUGGUGGGGCAUUGGGUUCGCUGGACUACAAAAAGGAAGAUAGACGAGCACUAGCUAUCAAAGCGCGUGAAACACCACCAAAGUUUGGCUCCCCAGAACGCCAAAGAGUAAUUGAUGAGAUCCAUGAGCAAAUGCUCAGUAAAGCUCCAGCUGUUCCUCAAGCUCCAGCUGUUCCUCAAUUGCUGACAAAUGGCUCUGACGAGGAGACCAACAAGUUAACCCCUCCAGAUGUUUCUGGUGAACAUGCUGGCAAUGCAGCUGAAGGUGUCAACACUUUAGGCUCAAGCUCUGGCUCUGCUACUACUGACCUUCCAAAGCCUGAUUCGGAGUCGGAAGUUGCAGAGAACAUUAUCGAACCUCAGUCAGAUGUAAUCCCCAGAGACAGCAGUCCAAGAGUUGUUGUGGCACAACAGAAUCCCGUUGUUACAAUCCAGAAGCCAAAGCAUGACAGGCUAUUGACGUUGGCUGCAUUUGGGCUGACUCUUGCUAUUAUGGCCCUUGUGAUAAAGAAGUUCUUCAAAAUCAAUGGUCUGGCCGGUUACAUCGAGGGCAAGUUUUAGUUAGGUUUGUGCAUAAGUUGACAAGAGGAGUUACCUGUGUUCUGCAUCCGAGCGGCUAUGUUAUGUUCGCUAUAUAAGCUAUAAACCCCUAAGAAUUGUAAAUGGUUGUUAUCUAGCUACAGAUGAAGUUGAAAGCGAGAUGGUGGUACCACCCGUACCCUACUGUAUGUAGUACUGAUGGAAACUUGUUACUACAUGAUAUUUCAUCAUUAUAUGUGUGGAGUGUCGUUCUCUGUCUUAA